AUGCCAUAUCAAACUCCCAUUCCGCGCUGUACCCCCUAUCGACUAAUCUUGAUAAUAAUUCAACAUGCUAAUUAUGUCUACAGUCAACUGAUCGGCCUUCUUUUCUCUGCUCUCGAUGCCUCCAUUGUCUCAACCUCUCUCGUCACUAUUUCCAUUAGUCUUCAGAAUUUUCUGGAUGCCCCAUGGGUUAUUCUCUCCUAUCUCCUCACCUACCUCGGUUGCGCCAUCGGGUUCGCAAAAUUGAGCGACAUCUACGGUCGACGAGAAAUUAUAUACUGCUCAUGGUUGCUCUUCGUUGGGUUCUCCAUUGGUUGUGCUCUUGCCACUACCAUGGUUCAGCUAGUCGUCUGUCGAGCUUUCCAGGGCAUGGGUGGUGCUGGCCUGUACAGCUUAAGUCAGAUCGUAUUGUUUGAGGUAGGUCCCUCAGACAAGCCUAGUUUAAUGGGUGGUCUAGUAGGAGCUACGUUAGCUGUGUCAUACAUUCUAGGCCCUAUACUGGGCGCCGUCAUUUCGUCGACGACACAGUGGCCCAUUAUAUUCUGGAUCAACGUCCCAGUCGGUGUCACGACCGUCGUAGCUCUGUAUCUGGCAUGGCCACCCGAAGCACGGGCACGACAGACAGGGUGGCACACGAUUCGAAGGAUCGACUUCAUCGGCAAUAUCGCAGUCGUAUCAGCAUCUUCACUGCUAGUCUUCUGCCUGCAAGAGGCCGGGGCCUAUACGUACGCCUGGGACAGUCCAGCCAUUGUCGUAAGCCUGUCGAUUGCAUCUCUCAGCUGGGUGAUAUUCUUCACGUGGGAAGCAUAUCUUGACUUUAGGCCCUUCUCACCAAUCGAGCCUAUUUUGCCGAUGCGGCUUUUUUUCCGGCGAGUAUAUGCCAGUUGCGUAAUGUGUACAUUUUGCACCGGCUACAUAUACUUGUCUAUUCUUAUUAUCCUACCAGAGCGCUUCCAGAUUGUCAGCGGAGAAACGGCACUCUAUUCAGGAAUUCACCUGUUGCCAAUGCUAGGGGCAACGUCUUUCGGCGCUUUCUUCGCGGGAGCAGUUUCGCGCAAGCGGAACAGGACAUCGUGUAGCAUGAUAGUAGCCCACGUACUCCAGCUCAUAGGCAUCAGUCUCAUGUCGCAGCUCAAGGACGCCACGACCGGUACCAAAGCGCAGUACGGAUUUCAGGUAGUUCUUGGUCUUGGAUUCGGACUCUCGCUAGGCGCAGGGACCAUGAUGGCUUCGCUACAAUCGAAGAGUCGAGACUUGGCCGUAGCUCAAGGCGCCAUCGCACAAGCUCGAGUGCUUGGGGGUUCUAUUGGUAUAGCCGUCUGUAGCAUCAUUUUCAACUCCAAGGUGACAACAAAUCUUGGUAACCAGAUGGACCCUGAUGAUAUGGCAGCACUACAUCACAGCCCAACCAUCGGUCCCUGGCUACCGGACGAUGUCAAGUUUCUCGUUCGAUCGGUGUAUGCUGAUGCAUUCGCGAGCGAUAUAAGUAUCAUGAUAGGAAUCGCUGCCGCUGGGGUUGUUGUCAGCAUAUUCACAUAUGAAAAACGCCCACCGGCGAUGUUCACAGGCUCACAGACCAAGGAGGUCGUAGGGAUGGACGAGCAGAGCGAGGCAGAACUAGGAUUAGUAGUCCACAGCUGCUAA